ACUCCGACGAAUCUUCACCGUCCUUUCCUCUCAACUCCUUCCCCUUCAUAUAUAAACACCUCGGAAUCUCCACCGUUGCUCAUCUCCACCACUCUCGUACAGCUUCGUCGUCUUCUUCUUCCUCUUCCUCCUCCGAGGCUCCCAAAUCCCCAAACCCUAACGCUAGAUCGGAUCGGCUUCGACCUCGUCGCCCCCUCCUCUACCAUGGCGUAUCGGACCCUCGAGAUCAGCCAGAUCUCGGCGAAGGACCUCAAGGACGUGAACAUCCUCUCGAAGAUGGAGGUCUACGCCGUGCUCUCCCUCUCCGGCGACUCGAAAUCGCGCCAGCGCACCCCCACCGACCGCGUCGGCGGCCGGAACCCUAGCUGGUCCGCUACGCUCCGCUUCUCCGUUCCCGCCGAGGGGAUCGACCCCUCGCGCCUCGUCCUCCACGUCCUCCUCCGCGCCGAGCGCGCCCUCGGCGACCGCGACGUCGGCGAGGUCCACGUCCCCCUCUCCGAGCUCCUCGCCGAUGGCGCCCGCUCCGCCCCGCGCUUCGUCUCCUACCAGGUCCGGAGCCCCUCCUCCGGAAAGCCCAAGGGCGUCCUCAACUUCUCCUACAAGCUCGGCGAGUCCACCGCGCCCGCCGCCGCCCCGCGCCCGGCCACCGCGGCGGCGCAGUCCUACCCACUUCCAUCUUCGUACCCCCCUCCCUCUGCGGCGUCCAAGCUCGACGCUCCCGUCGCGGCCUACCCCGCCGCCGCGGCGGCACCUUACCCACCGCCGUCGUCGUACCCUCCUCCGGCGACCGGGAAGCCGCCAAAGGGCGCCGAGCCGACGGCACCUUACCCACCGCCGUCGUCGUACCCUCCUCAGGCAACGGGGAAGCCGCCACAGGGCGCCGAGCCGGUGACGGCGUACCCGGCGGCGUCGAGCUCCGCCGCCGCGCCGUACCCGCCCCCCUACGGAUACCCGCCGCCCCCUCCGCCGCCGUACGGGUACGCGCCGCCGCCGCAGCAAUCGGGAUACGGCUACCCACCGCCGCCGCAAUACGGGUACGGCUACCCCCCUCCGCCUCCGGCGGCGGCGGCGGCUUACGGAUACGGAGCGCCUCCGGCGGCGGUGGUGCAGCCGCAGAAGAACAAGAACAAGUUCGGCGGCGCCCUCGGCGGCCUCCUCAUCGGCGAGGCCAUCGAUGACGUCUACGACGCCGGAUACGACAACGGCUUCGACAACGGCUUCGACGACGGCGGCGGCUUCGGAUUUUAAAUUAAAUAAUAUCUAGAAAAUCAAAUUAAAUUAAAUAAUCAAAAGUCUCUCCCUUGCUUGCGUGCUGGUUUUGCUGCUGUGUAUAGAGAAUUAGAUGUUUUGUUUUGUGCAACUUAAUUACUUUAAUUACAAGUUAAUAGUUUGUUGACAUUUUGUUUUCGUUUUAAUUUCUAUUUUUGUAAUGUAUUUUUCCAUUUGUUAGGUGAUGGGUUUGUGUCACGGGUGACGCGUGAUUUGACCGAUGAAACGGGGUCUCUUUAUUCGUUGAUGGUAAUGCGUAGUCACGAAGAAUAUUAUUAUUAUCAUCAUCAUUAGUGUCAGCACUAUUUGUAAAGUAAGUGAUGAUGGCGUGUAAUUACAAGAUGCCCUGAUGCCAUGAUCCAUAAA